CUAAUUUCCUUUGCUGGUUUUAUCACUUUGUUGGCAAUGGGUCGCAAGAAGAUUGCCCUCAAGUACAUCGACAAUGAGUCGAGACGGCGCCGUACCUUGGAGACGCGCCGCAAGAACCUGGCAAGUAAGGCGGGUAAGCUUUCUAUCAUGUGCAACGCCAAGGCAUGUGUGUUGGUGUACGGCGAGGAAGAUGCGGCACCAAACGUGUACUCGUCCCAUCCCGGGGCGGUGGAUCUGCUAAAUCGGUACAAAACCAUGCCGGAGGGGUGGUUCAAGACGGCGGUGAACCAGGAAGACUUCCUCUGCAAGCAGCUCAACAAGCUCCAGCUCGAGGAAAACAAGGUCCGAGACCCCGAGAUCAGGAUCCUGCUACACAAGGCCAUGCUAGGCAGCGACCUCUCCGGCCUCAAGGUCGAUGAGCAUGCCAGCGUAAGUAGUAGGCUGGACGAGAUCCUCAAGAGCAUGGGUGAAAGCAUCGCGAAAAUUAGUGGGCAACCCCCUAUCAUGCAGCCCCACGCACCAUAUGUCCCCGACAACAUGAACAUGGGGUCAUCGGCGAUGCAUCAGGCAUCGUUGCCAGCUCCAUACGUCACCGACAACAUGGACAUGGGGUCUCCGACGAUGAAUCAUGCACCGUCGUCCACUCCAUACGUCAUUGAAAACGUGGACGUGGGGUCUCCGGUGAUGAAUCAGGAACCAUCGCCCAUUCCAUACGCCAUCGGCAGCAUGCACAUGGGGUUUCCAGCGAUGUAUCAGGUGCAGCCGCAGCAGGUGGGUUGGCUCGACGCCCUCGACACGGUGAGAUCUGGAAGGGACCUCGACGUCGUGGCCCACAAUGGCUAUAGCACCAAUGGGCAAGACGGUGCCGGCACCAGCACCAGUGCCGGCUAUAGCGCCAAUGGGCACGACGGUGCUGGUACCAGCGCCAACACCGGCUCUUCCGGUGGGAUGAAGCCCUGGGUUGUGGGGUUUAAUUGGCAAUCGGGGGGCGUCGAUCCUGAAGAAUCAUCUUGGAAUCUUUUCCCUCCAAUGUAAGGUAGAAUGGAGAGGACUCUUUUCCUGUAGUGUGCAGCACAGGGCCAGCUAUGUGCGUCUUGUUUAGUUUGAUUUAGCUUGGCAUAGCUAAGAUGCAGGAAAGGCAACCUUAAUAAGUUGAGACAUUCUG